UUCCUUCUUCGUUCCCUUUUCCCUUCUCGGACAAACCCGCAACUCAGCUCAACUUCAAUUUCUCAGGAUCAUCUCUAGUUUUUAUUUCUCAUUAUGUCUGGGUCUGGCGAAGAGGAAGAAAAUGCUGCAGAGCUCAAAAUUGGAGAUGAAUUUUUGAAGGCCAAGUGUUUAAUGAACUGUGAAGUGGCACUUAUCCUUGAUCGGAAAUAUGAGCAGCUCCAGCAGAUGUCUGAGGAUCCUAUGAAUCAAAUUUCUCAAGUAUUUGAAAAAUCAUUGCAGUAUGUGAAGCGCUUUAGCCGCUGCAAAAAUCCUGAUGCUGUUAGGCAGGUUCGAGAAAUCCUUAGCAGAUACCAGUUGGCUGAGUUUGAGCUUUGUGUACUUGGAAACCUUUGCCCUGAAACUGUGGAGGAAGCUAUAGCUAUGGUGCCAUCUAUUAAGACCAGAGGACGGGGGCUUGAUGACGAGGCUAUUGAGAAAAUGUUAAAUGACCUCUCUUUGAUAAAGAAAUUUGAGUAGUACUCUUCCACUUUUCUCCUAUGAUUAUUAAAUGUAAUCUUAUUAUAAACAUUAUCUUAUACACUGGUGUUCAGAGGAACUUGUAUACUGUUGACAUGCCAAAACGCUUAAGAACACACUGAACCAGUGUAAAUUGGGUAUUGCAGAUCUUAAUUCUAUUUGGAAGCAUGAGGUUUUGAUCACAUGUUAGACAGUUUGUUUAACAUUCCUGAUGUCUUGCCCAUUAAGUAUCGAUGCGCUUGAUGA